CGUUUCAAAAUUGUGUUCACUAACUACGCUGAACCCGUAGACAGUUUGAAAAUCCGAAAUUAAAAAAAAAGCUUGUAGGUGUACGAUGAAACCAGCAACGACAUCCUGGGCCGAUGAGGUGAACGCCGACUAUGUGGAUGGAUUGCCGCCAUCCAAGGAGAUCAUCGAUGGGGAUUACAAACACAUCACCCAAUACAAAUUCAACGAUGAGGGGAAAAAGAUCAAAGUGGUGCGCAGUUUUAAGGUGGAGAGGAAGAUCGUCUCUCGGGCGGUGGCCAAGCGACGCACUUGGACUAAAUUUGGAGAUUCCCGGCAGGAUAUGCCCGGUCCCAAUUCCUACACGACCAAAGUGGCCGAUGACAUCCUCAUGAAUUACAUUGGCUCCAAGGACUUUGAGCAUGCCCACGAUCAUUUGGAUGGCAAUAAACCGAUGGCCAAGUGUCGGAUAUGCAAUGGAGAUCAUUGGUCUGUCAAGUGUCCGUACAAAGGCACAUCCAUGGACAUUGAGAGCAAAGCAAUUGCAGCUGCCACAGCUGCUGCCGUUGGGGACACCAAUAAGUCUGGCAAAUAUGUACCACCAUUUCUCAAGGAUGGCGCUAAGGGACGCGAACGUGAUGAUUCCUGUGCUGUGCGCAUUUCAAAUUUAUCCGAGUCCAUGACCGAGGAUGAUCUCGAGGAGUUGGUCAAGAAAAUUGGUCCCUUUACCAAAAUGUAUUUGGCACGGGAAAAGACCUCGGGUCUGUGCAAGGGAUUCGCUUAUGUGCACUUCAAAUAUCGCAAGGAUGCCGCCGAGGCCGUUGAGGUGCUCAACGGACAUGGUUACGAUCAUUUAAUACUCAGCGUUGAAUGGUCCAAGCCACAGAAUUAAACAUAAAUAUAGAAAAAGGCAGCUAAAAAAAAAAUUUAAAAAACAAAUU